GAGCACUGGAGAAACAAAAGAGCAGCAAAAUUUAGUAGGAAACAAUGGGUAAUGGAGAGGUUUUAGAAUGGUGAGAAAUGACCGACAAUCAAACGCGACGCUGCUUCCUCCCAUUCUCCCAUCACAUUGUCCCACUACCACCAUUCUUUUUCUUUCUUCAGCUUUGCCUAAGAUUUCAUGCCGGUACGGGUCCUCCCUAUUUUCCUCUCUACUUCACUCUUUCCCUUUUUUUUUUCUUAUUAUUAUUUCACCGCACACACACCUCUAAUCCUUCAAUAUAUAAUAAUGUAUUACUAUACACAUUUCUGUAAUACAACGACUAUACAAGUGAUGACACGUACAUGAGAAUUUGAGAUGAAGUAUAUACUGAUUAUCAUUUACUUUAUUGACCAUAGAACCCAUGGGGUUGUCGGUUGAAUGAUAGCUGGGUAAAUUUUUUAAUUUAGUUUUAGGGUCUGAAGGGGUUUUAAUUAUUUAUUGGAAGGGAAAGUGGGAUGGUGGAUUAUAUUAUUGUUAUAUUAAUUAAGAUAGGCUUAAGAAACAAAGUAAUACAUGUGUUGAGACUUAGUGUAUAUACAUUUCCACGUUUCAUUCCUUCUCAAAAAGUCUAUAAAUAUCUUUGCACCUGUUUGCAGUACACAUCCUCUCAUUACUCGUUUGUAAACAUUCAAAUUGGUCUCUGAUCACUCAAAACGCUUAUUCCAAUCUUUCUUUGUAAUUGCUUCAAAACGGUUAGCUAAUUUUGCCUUUUCAUUCUUAAUUCCAUCCUUCCUAAAAAACAUAUAUAUCCAUCCCUCCAUCCAAACUGCUUUUUUUUUUGCCCUGGAUAAAAAGAAAUUAAAUAAAAUAAAUGGGGUUAUUGUCUAGAAAAGCCACGUGUAACUUGCACGGCCAAGAUUCGUCUUACUUCUCAGGAUGGGAAGAAUAUGAGAAGAAUCCUUACGAUGAGAUUCAAAAUCCUAAAGGGAUUAUUCAAAUGGGUCUGGCAGAAAAUCAGUUAUGUUUUGAUGUGGUGGAGAAGUGGCUGGAGGAGAACCCAAAUUCGGCUGGUUUUAAGAGAGAUGGAAAGUCCAUUUUUAGACAACUUGCUCUUUUUCAAGACUACAAUGGCUUGCCUGCAUUCAAAAAGGCAUUAGCAGAGUUCAUGUCGGAAAUUAGAGGGAACAAAGUAGCGUUUGAUCCCAACCACAUAGUCCUGACUGCUGGUGCCACCUCAGCUAACGAGACUCUUAUGUUCUGCUUGGCUGAACCUGGCGACGCCUUUCUUCUACCAACUCCCUACUAUCCAGGAUUCGAUAGAGACUUGAAAUGGAGAACUGGAAUUGAGAUCGUACCCAUCCACUGCUCCAGCUCCAAUGGCUUCAAAAUAACAGAAUCAGCAUUGUUAGAAGCCUACCAAAACGCCUUAAAUUGUAACCUCAAAGUCAAAGGCGUACUUGUUACGAACCCAUCGAACCCAUUAGGAACCACAAUCAGUAGUCACGAACUCAACCUCCUACUUCAAUUCAUCGAAUCAAAAAACCUCCAUCUAAUCAGCGACGAGAUUUACUCUGGCACAGCUUUCCGAAACUCGGGUUUUGUCAGUGCCAUGGAAAUCCUUAACCAAACAUACAAACACAACCACCAAAUCCAAAAUCAAGUUCACAUUGUUUACAGCCUCUCCAAAGAUCUUGGCCUGCCCGGGUUCCGAGUCGGAGCCUUAUAUUCGAAUGACAAAGUAGUAGUGGCUGCAGCGACAAAGAUGUCGAGCUUUGGAUUGGUUUCGUCACAAACGCAGUACCUUCUGUCGGCGAUGUUGUCAGACAAGAAGUUUAGGAGGAAGUACAUUAGAAAGAACCAAAAGAGGUUGGAGAAAAGACAGACAAUGCUGGUGAAUGGGCUGGAGAAGGCGGGGAUUAAGUGCCACAAAGGGAAUGCAGGGCUUUUUUGCUGGGUGGAUAUGAGGCAUUUGUUGGGAGGCAAUACGUUUGAGUCAGAAAUGGAGCUUUGGAGGAAGAUUCUAUUCGAGGUGCGCUUGAACGUGUCACCCGGACAGUCAUGCCAUUGCUCCGAACCAGGUUGGUUUCGCAUUUGUUUUGCCAACAUGUCUGAACCAACUUUGGAUCUUGCAAUGCAGAGAUUGAAGGCUUUUGUUGUCAACUACUCCACCACAAUUACGGUAACUUCUCCGCAGAUGUGACCCUGGUAUACUAGUUCUGUAACGACAGUAGCAACUCUUCCUUCAAAUCAACUCGAAUCGAAGAGAAAGACAGUGGCUAAAUGGGUUUUUCAGUUAUCGGUUCAAGAUCGCGCUAGUGAACCACGUUAUCGAUAGCUUGCUGCAGACAUAUUUUACCCAUUUACUUCGUUGUUUUACCUCUUUGUACUCUUGUUUUUGUUAUCAUCAUUAUUUUUUCUUCCAACUUCUCAAUGGAGGAGGAAUUGGAAUCUCUUCAUGUAAAAAAGAAAUACGUGCACUCGAUCCAUCUGGAUUUGUAGUGGUGUCUUGUAAUUCAUCUCAAGUUUCCAUACAUUGUUUAAUAUAAAAUACAUUGUUUUUAGUGGUUUUUUAAGCAA